GCCCGCGGUGGUCCCUGACGACGCAUGCGCCAGGAGGGAGCGCAAUCACAGACAAGGCUUGCGGCUACCGGUUUAAAAAAGGAAACCCUGGAGAGCGCGAGCGAAAUCUGGUCGCCGACGCGUGCGCGCUCCCGUGAAAGAAAAAUACAAGAAGUAAAGAAACUUAACGUCAUUGUUGAUUUGCCUAUUACGCUGAUCCCCAAAAUCAAAGUAAAGUUGCUGAAACUCAGAAGCUGAAUCUAUCACUUUGUAAGAUGCCUUUGGAAAAUUACUACAGUUCUCUACGAUGAAUCUUUAAAGCUUGGAGAAGUACAAAUGUCUACCACAAGACGAAAACGUAAUAUGUUAUGUUGUUUACCGUAAGCUGUAGUAAAAUGAGCUCAAUUGUUGACAGAGAUGACAGUAGUAUUUUUGAUGGGUUGGUGGAAGAAGAUGACAAGGACAAAGCAAAAAGAGUGUCUAGAAACAAAUCUGAAAAGAAGCGUAGAGACCAGUUUAAUGUUCUCAUUAAAGAACUGGGAUCCAUGCUUCCUGGUAAUGCUAGAAAGAUGGACAAAUCCACUGUUCUACAGAAGAGCAUUGAUUUUUUACGAAAACAUAAAGAAAUCACUGCCCAGUCAGAUGCUAGUGAAAUUCGACAGGAUUGGAAACCUACAUUCCUUAGUAAUGAAGAGUUUACACAAUUAAUGUUAGAGGCUCUUGAUGGUUUUUUUUUAGCAAUCAUGACAGAUGGAGGCAUAAUAUAUGUGUCUGAGAGUGUAACUUCAUUACUUGAACAUUUACCAUCUGAUCUUGUGGAUCAAAGUAUAUUUAAUUUUAUCCCAGAGGGAGAACAUUCAGAGGUUUAUAAAAUACUGUCUACGCAUCUGCUGGAAAGUGAUUCAUUAACCCCCGAAUAUUUAAAAUCAAAAAAUCAGUUAGAAUUCUGUUGUCAUAUGCUUCGAGGAACUAUAGACCCAAAGGAACCAGCAACCUAUGAAUAUGUGAAAUUCAUAGGAAAUUUCAAAUCUUUAAACAGUGCGUCUACUUCAGCGCACAAUGGUUUUGAAGGACCUAUACAACGCACACACAGGCCUUCUUAUGAAGAUAGAGUAUGUUUUGUAGCUACUGUCAGGUUAGCUACACCUCAGUUCAUCAAGGAAAUGUGCACUGUUGAAGAACCCAAUGAAGAGUUUACUUCUAGACAUAGUUUAGAAUGGAAAUUUCUAUUUCUAGAUCACAGGGCACCACCCAUAAUAGGAUAUUUGCCAUUUGAAGUUCUGGGAACAUCGGGCUAUGAUUACUAUCAUGUGGAUGACCUAGAAAAUUUGGCAAAAUGUCAUGAGCACUUAAUGCAAUAUGGGAAAGGCAAAUCAUGUUAUUAUAGGUUCCUGACUAAAGGACAACAGUGGAUUUGGCUUCAAACUCAUUAUUAUAUCACUUAUCAUCAGUGGAAUUCAAGGCCAGAGUUUAUUGUUUGUACUCACACUGUAGUAAGUUAUGCAGAAGUUAGGGCUGAAAGACGACGAGAACUUGGCAUUGAAGAAUCUCUUCCUGAGACAGCUGCUGACAAAAGCCAAGAUUCUGGGUCUGAUAAUCGUAUAAACACAGUCAGUCUCAAGGAAGCAUUGGAAAGGUUUGAUCACAGUCCAACCCCUUCUGCUUCCUCCAGGAGUUCAAGAAAAUCGUCUCACACAGCAGUCUCUGACCCUUCUUCAACACCAACAAAGAUCCAAACAGAUACGAGCACUCCUCCCAGACAGCACUUACCAGCUCAUGAAAAGAUGGCACAAAGGAGGUCAUCAUUUAGUAGUCAGUCCAUGAAUUCCCAGUCUGUUGGUCAGUCAUUAACACAGCCCGUGAUGUCUCAAGCUGCAAAUUUACCAAUUCCACAAGGCAUGUCCCAGUUUCAGUUUUCAGCUCAAUUAGGAGCCAUGCAGCAUCUGAAAGACCAAUUGGAGCAACGAACACGGAUGAUAGAGGCAAAUAUUCAUCGACAACAAGAAGAACUAAGAAAAAUUCAAGAACAACUUCAGAUGGUUCAUGGUCAAGGGCUGCAGAUGUUUUUACAACAGUCCACCCCUGGAUUGAAUUUUGGUUCUGUUCAACUUUCUUCUGGGAAUUCAUCUAACAUCCAGCAACUCGCACCUAUAAAUAUGCAAGGUCAGGUUGUUCCUACUAACCAGAUUCAAAGUGGAAUGAAUACUGGACGUAUUGGUACAACUCAGCACAUGAUACAACAGCAGACUUUACAAAAUACAUCGACUCAGCAAAGUCAACAAAAUGUACUGAGUGGGCAUAAUCAACAAACAUCUGUCCCCAGUCAGACACAGAGCACUCUUACAGCCCCACUGUAUAACACUAUGGUGAUUUCUCAGCCAGCAGCAGGAAGCAUGGUCCAGAUCCCAUCUAGUAUGCCACAGAACAGUACUCAGAGUGCUGCGGUAACUACUUUCACUCAGGACAGACAGAUAAGAUUUUCUCAAGGUCAGCAACUUGUGACCAAAUUAGUGACUGCUCCUGUAGCUUGUGGGGCAGUCAUGGUACCCAGUACUAUGCUUAUGGGUCAGGUGGUGACUGCCUAUCCUACUUUUGCCACACAGCAGCAACAGUCACAGACAUUGUCAGUAACACAGCAGCAGCAACAACAGCAGAGUUCCCAGGAGCAGCAGCUUACUUCAGUUCAGCAACCAUCUCAGGCUCAGCUGACCCAACCACCACAGCAGUUUUUACAGACUUCUAGGUUGCUCCAUGGGAAUCCUUCAGCUCAGUUCAUCCUCUCUGCUGCAUUUCCACUGCAACAGAGCACUUUCCCUCAGUCACGUCACCAGCAGCACCAGGCUCAGCAACAGCAGCAGCUCAGUCGGCACAGGACUGACAGUUUGACUGAUCCUUCCAAGGUUCAACCACAGUAACACACAGGCCUCCUCUCUGACAUCAGGGGAGGAAGGGGUUGGCCCAGAAGGAGUUGCUCAGAUGAUCUGAGGAUAGGAGGAAAGUUCCAGCAGCUUCAUGAGACGCAGUAUUAAGUGUUCUAGUUCCUGGAAUUAGUUGUUGGGGAAAAUGCUGCCUAGCGCUACAGAUGUACAUUAAAUACCAGCCAGCAGGAGAUGAUCAUAGGGAUGUCACCAAUUCUGACAGUGUUUUAGUUGCCCAGAUAUUUUUCAGUGGAAAAGAGUAUAUUGCCAAAUGUUAAGAAGCUCAGCUAUGAAACAUGACCUCCAGUGAAUCAGAAAGGCACUAACAAUGUUAGUAACUUUUUGUGGUUCUGUGCCUGUUAUUGAGUGUUACAGAGGACACACCACUGCCAUGUCAGGGGUUUGCUUACAAUGAUGCCAUGAAGACAGUCCAGUAGACUCAGUAGAUACCCCUCCCCAGCCCCUCUCCCUUUUCAGAUAAUGAUGGAACAGUAGUUACUUUCAGAAUGUUGUGUGGGUUCAAAUUCUCUAUUGUACAGAUGCUGUAAAAAUAUUAUGUAUAUGUGUGGAUAAAAGGAGAGAAAGCAAAACAUUUUGUAUGCUGCAUGAAAGCAUUAUGUCUUAUAGGUAUGAAUACAUUCGUUAGAUUCUGCCACCAUGUGCAAACUAAUACAUCCUCUGUUUUCCCUUUUGUUUACAGCACGAUAACGUUCUAUUCAGUUUUCUGGGGCACAAGCAGGGACGGAUUGCCCAAUAAGUAAGGUACACAUGGGCUUACUUGUACAAUUUCACCUGUUUUUCACCACAUCAGAGAUGUGGUAAAACCCCUGUGAAACUGUACACUACAGAUUAGUAAGUAAACACAUUUAAGCCCGUGUGCACCUUGCUUAUCGUAAGCUGGUUUGUACGGCGCUUACUGGUAAAUCCGUCCGCUGGGCACAAGUCUUUUGCUCAUACUUGUAGCUGUGAUGUCACAGUUUGUUCAGUGCGGUAUGAUGUGCUGCUGGGAAUGGAUUUUUUUCAGGUUAAAUUAUUGAUGUAACGAGAUUUUCAAGUUAUUCAGAAAUACCCUCAUUUCAUUAUUUUUCAAUUAUGUAUGUUUGAAAAUAGGAUUUGCACUGCUUUAUUUUAGAUGGUUGAGAAUUUUUGAUCACAUAUUUUAAUAUAGUUCAGUUGGAAAUAUUUGUGUAAAUGGUUUUCAACAAGCCUGAAAGUAAUUUCAAGAAUGUCUCAGUUAUAGGAGUAAAAUUUGCACAGAAAACACAUUUUAGGCACUUUUUAACAUUCUCAGUGGUGGGAAUUUUAACUCUUAGGAUAUGUUGGAAUCUUUUUAUUAUCCUUCACAAUUUCAAUGCUUCUUUUAGUCAGAAAUGAUUCAGGGUUAUUUGAGGGAAAAAAAAAGCCCAUAGUGCCUUGAUUUUAAUUCAGGUGAUAAUUCACCAUCUUGAACUCAUUGUCUGGUUUCAGUAGCAAUUUUGAAACCUUAGUGCAUUUUUAACAGCAUGUGGGUGUCAGUGUUAUUAUUCUCCUGAGUUCUAUGAAGACUGCUCUGAGUCUCUUGGACAGGAGGGAUGAAUAAUUUAGAAAUAAAAGAUGACAUCCUACUAUCAAAAUCAUUAAUGUGAUCCCAAAAGUGUUUCCCUAAAUUAGCAUGUUAACUUCCUUUAAAGCUAAAUAGUCAUUUAAGAAUUGCCAGUAAGUAUUUGCACAAGAUGAACUUGUUUUUCCUACAAAGAAAAAAGAAGGGGUAGGAAUUGGCUUUGCCUUCACUAUAACACUAGAAUGUUGUAACUCACAUGCUUUCUGAACAUGAACUAAGAUUUCAUACGGCAAUAUUGUAAAGGUAAUAAAUUCCAACAGAAGUUACACAUACUUUUUAAAAAGCAUUUUAUAGAUUUUAUGGUACUGAUAAUAAAAUCCACAUCUACAGAACAAAGGGAAAUAUCUUAUUAGAAUAUAAAAAAUUAUUACUGAGGAAAGGGAGAAGAACAACCUAUAGUAAAUCAAAACUGACCUUAAAGGAAAAUGUUUUAAACUAUAACAGAGCUGAGGUUGUUAAAAACAAACGUUUUGAGUAAUGAAAAUAACCUAAUGCAGAAUUGCUAGAUAAAGGGGUCAGAGAAAUUCUAAAUCAGUUAUUAAGCCUUUCCUGCCCUCCGCUUACUGUCAUCCUUUAGGUGUAUACUUUGUCUUUCUGUAGAAAACUAUACCUGGCCACAUACUUAAAUUAGAACGUUAAUGUUGAAAAAGAAAAUAAAACAACCAAAGAAAGCUGGUACCUAUCCUUCUAUAAAAGAAGCAUGAUACCAAUCAAUAAUUAAAUAUCAAGGAAUUCUUCUAGGUACAUGGUCAUCUAGAAGAAAUUUGACAUUCCCAUGAAUGUCAAGAAUAGUUGUCAGAAUGUUUGUAUUUGAGCAUACAUAUAUGCAGACAAAAUUCAUGUUAUAGAAUACAGUAACAUAUUUUCUCCCCUCUUCAAAUUGCCUUUUUUGACCUUAUCAUGCCAUUCCAUUUAUAUCUGAGUUGUGCCUCAUUUAUUUAUUGGUGAGAUUUAGCGAUACGGAUCUAGCUAACGAAAGAUCUGAAGAACUAUUAUAUUAAGGCUUGUAUUUUUUAAAAAGAUGGUGAACUGUGAGUACUAUGUACUUAGGUUAACAGAAGCAUAGCAUAAGACAAGCCACAAGGUAAAUCUGUAGACUAUGUUUAUUUAUUUACCUUCUCCUCCCCUAGUCCCUUCAAGUAUUUUCUAUUCCCAAAAAUAUUUUGGAAAGAAAAUUAGACAAAAUUUUCCUUUAUAAUUCCUUUCUUUUCCUCACAGCUCAUUUUUUCCUGCUUGGAAUUAACAGCAGCUGAAUUUAAAGGAGCAGCUAGCUGCUUUUCUUUUGCUGUCAGAAUCAAGUGUUAGAAGAGCAAGUAAGCACUAGGUGCCUCUUAGCUCAUUCUUUCCCUCUUAAACUUGACAGGCUGUCCCUGUCCUCUCCCCGAAUCAAGACUUGAGCAUUCAGAUGAAGAUGCAGCAGUUGUCUGUUCUUCAUUUAUUUCUGUAGCCAAAGUUGUUUAAAAUCUCAAAUCUAAACCAUGAAGAUACCAAAUGAAAACACCUUUCAACUACUUAAAAAUCAUAUUUGUCCCUCUGCUUUAUUCUCACAAGUAUUCAGUUUUUCUUAAAAACAUUCUAUUCUGAGUGGCACUUUUUUAGGUAUGGAAGAAAAUGUUGAAGAUAAGGAAAAAUGCUAGGUGCUCUGCAGUUAUCUUACUUUGGGCUGUUGUGGCACUGGGUGACUCAGAAUUGUUCAACUAGAAGAGAGACCUACCUGCAAGGGUUAGUAAUGAAAACUGCUGCUGCGGGUGGCAUCAAACCAGAACCUAGACAGUUAAAAGUACUCCAGUUUUAGAGUGGAAAAUAUUGGAGGAAAAGUGAAUG